UCGUUGUGAUUUCUAGCUCCGAUCGUGGAGUGAAAUGGUUGCUCUGCUGCCUUAUCAAGAAUCCAGAUCGACACCCAAAAGCGCAAAGCAAUACAUGUAGGCACCACAAACAAUAAGCACAUUACUAGCAGCACAACCAGACAAGUACCAGAGGUCUUCGUCUGUGAUUGUAUAACUGUCGUCCUUUAGCAGGAGAGAGAAGGAAAGUCACCUCCGAGAGUGAUUGGAGUUUCGUAGACGGAGGAUUCUGUGAAGGCGACAGACAACGGCGUAUCACUGGCAUUGCGUUCUGUUUGUCCUCCAAAGACAGCCAAAGCUAGCUAGUAGUUGUCCACGAUGGCCGCUGAAGGAUCCGCCGUGGACGAAGAGGAAAAGCAAGCUGAGACCAUGGAAGUGGACGCGGAGGAAACGGCACGCCAAGAGGCCGAUGCCAUGAACGCUGAGGCGGUCGUAGCCGAUCUGGAGUCAAAGCACGCUGACCUCCAGUCGGAAUAUGAGACCACACUGUCGAAGCUGGAAACGCAGUCUUCCGAACUGAAGGAGUCUCGAGAGCAGUUAGAUUCCUUGAAUGAAGAGAAAGUGCGCUUGGAAAAGGAAUUGGCUGAAGCCAAACGACAAGCCUCUUUGGCGUCAACUUCGCGUGAGACGCUCGAGGAAGAACAGAAAGCUCAAAAGGAGCGCCAUGAUCGAGUCGAGGCAGAAUCCGACUCGUUGAGAGAAGAAAUCAGUCGUCAGACAAGGGCAAACAAGGAGCUUCAGGCAUCCCUGUCGGAAAUGGAAGUCAAGAGCAAACUCAGCAAUUCGGAAGUUGCUCCAUUGCUUCACGAGAAUCAACGUCUUCAGACGGAAAUUGACUCUAUUUCGGCUCACGGCAAGUGGUUGGAGGAAGAAUUGAAGCUCAAACAGGAAGAGUGCACCAAAGUCAAACAGACGCAUGGCGCAGAAGCAGUGACGCUGCGGAAUGAGUUGGAUCAGGCCAAUCGAGCCAAGGAAUCCGAGGCAGCUCGGGUAAAAUCCCUAGAGCGAACAGAACAAGAGCUCCAAAACAAGGUGGAUCAACUGUCGAGACAAUUGAUGCAGGCCAAACAACAAAAUGCUGAUGAUGCUCAGACUGCCGAACAAGAGCUCACAGCAGAGCGACGUCUUGUCGAAUUGCAGAAGGAACAAAUGGAUCGUCUCGAGAAAAAGUACGACGAUCUUGUCAACGAAAUGGAAGGCCUUCAAGCCAAAGCAAACGAUGCAAUGGAAGAAGCCCAAAAAGAACGACAACAACGCAUCGAGCGAGAAUCCGAACACAUGAAAAAAGCUCUAGAGGAACAAUCCACAAAGUAUGAAACGCAGUUGGAGGAUAUUUCUGGGCAGCUUCGAGAAGCCAACCGUCGACGAGUUGAAGUCGAGGAUCGAUUCUUGGCACUUCCAACCAGCCGAGCCAGCAGCAGCACCACUCCGUUAGCUAUUACGGAUGGCCGUGCAGAUGAUGAUGAUGAACCAAUCAGCUUGACUGAUUUGGCGGGUCGUUUGACAGAGGCUCGCAACGAACUUGCCAACGAGAAAACUCGUCGCAAGAAGGUGGAAUUGCGCUUUGAACGGAUCCAAGCGGAGAUCGAAGCCAAGGCACCGGUGUUGAUUCGUCAAAGGCAAGAAUAUGAGUUUGCAAUGCAACGACAGGACGAAUACCAAAAGCGCCUGGAUCAUGCCAUGGAAGAGGUCACUGUGUAUCGGGCUGAGGCACGUGACUUGAGGAUGGAACUGUCUCAAGUCCAGAAAAGGAACCAUGGGCUGGAGCAUCAGACCACGGAGCUGGCCAAGCAAGUGCAAACCUUGUUGGUGAGUCGCUCCGGAGUCGAAGUACAGAAUGGAGCGAUACCAACGUCGAUUGAAGAAAUGCAGAGCCAGAAUCAGCGCUUGUUAGGGGAACACAAGCGUUUGACAGGCAUGGUGAAAGAACUGGAGGAAAAAGUGAGAUCUGAUUCACUCCGUCAAAAGCUGGAAGCGGCGGAGAAACAGGUGUCAACACUACGAGAAGACCGGCAGCAGCAAGAGCGCCUCGUGGCAGGAAUAGUUCAGCAGCGUGAUUUAUAUCGAGCGCUGCUGUCGCAGCACGACAGCAAGGCUCUGGGAACUGAAGAAGACGAAGUUACUGCAAUUGAGAUGACCAAACGGCAAUCUGAAAGAGCCAAAGCCCUCGAGACGCAGAACAAGCAAAUUGAAACCGAGUUGGCCAGUGCCAAAGGAGAACUGGAUCGAGUUACUCGUGACAAGGAUGCGCUGUCAGAACGAUUGUCUCGAAACGAAACUGUGGCUGUGAGCCUGACAAAGGAAGUGGAUGCGCUGCGCAUCGAGCUAUCAACCGCUAAAGCGGAUGCCGCCCGUUCCAAGGCUGAGUGCGACUUUCACAGCGAGCGAGCAACUCGAAUGGAAGACUCUUUGAAGAGCGCUCGAGAAGAGACUGCUCAUGUCACCAAUGCGAAGAAUCAACUCCAGCGUAUCAAUAACGAUUUGCAGAAUGUCGUGGCGAAUGCCAAUGCAGAUUGUUCAAAAUUCGACAGUGUGAAGCGUCAGCUGGAGCAGAAGCUUCGACUUGCCGAGACCCAGGUUGCAACCGUCAAAGCAGCCGAAAAGCGAAUGAACGAAGACAACAACCAGCUACGCAACGAGCUUGCUCGACAGGGUGGAUUGCUCGACUCGGUUCGUCGAAUCGAAGCGAGUCUGGCAGCGAAGAAAGACCAGGAGACGGCAAAUCGGAGGGAGGAAUGCGAAAAUCUUUCUCUCAAGUUGGCAAAGCUAGAGUCGAAACACGCUACGGAAAUUGAAACUCUGUCGUCCAAGAUCCAUGAGGUAGAAGCUCGCGAACGCGAAGCACGAAACAGCUGCGAUGCGGCAAAGAUUGAAUCUAUCGAGGCGCAAAAGAAGGUGCUUUCAAAGCAACAAGAAAUCCAAAAGUUGACAGACAAGAGCGCUACAUUGUCUUCGCAACUUCAUACCCUCAGGAAGAAGUAUGGCGAGACCGACGAUUCAUCUGAUAUCGACGUGACACUCCAGGGAAAGAUCAAGACAUUAACGUCAGAACUGGAAGCUACAAAGGCCGAGUUGGCAACCCAGAAGGAGGCAUCGGAAAACUAUCAACGUGUAGCCAAGACGAGUGAAGCUAAUUUGUCGGAUCAGACCAAGACGACUCAAGAAUUCAGAAAGGCCCAAGAGAAAGAAAUUGAAAAGCUCAAUGCCACCAUCGCCGAAGCGAAGAAGGAAGGCAAAACGAAGCAAGAAAUGGUGACGGAACUGACGAACGAUCUUAUGAAGGUUCGCGGGGAGCAAAGCAAGACCGUGGAAGAUUUGAAGAACCAAGUCGAGAGUCAAAAGAAGGAAAUGCAGAACAUGGAAAAGGAUAUGGAUCUUGCCAGGGCCCAGGUGGGCAGCCUCAAGAUAGAUUUGGAGAAAUUGCAGGAGCGCGAAAAGAAAGCCCAGGACAAUUACGAACAUGAGCUUGCCCAGCAUGCCGCUGCGCGAUCAGAGCUCCGACAAGCCCGGAGCGAGGCGGAAGAAGAGCGACGUAACAGGAUUGCCUCCGAAGAGAAAUUGGGCUCGUUGACGAAGGAAUCAGAUGGUCUUCGAUCGGAGUUUGAUCGAGAGAAGGCUUCUCUUCAAGAAGCUUUGGAAGGCGCUGAAAGUCGGCUGCAAGACAAGGAAAAGCAAAACGAGAUCCUUCACGGCCAGCUUCAGGAUCUCGGGGAACUAUCGGAGAAGAACCAAAUGUCCAGGGUCGAGGCAGCCGCCGGGGAAUCCACUACGGGUGAAACGGAAGAGACCACGAAUGAGGAGAUUAAGGGUCUCAACAAGACAAUAUCAGAACUACGCCAGGUCGUGAGGUUCUUGCGUUCGGACAAGGAAAUGAUGCAAGCGCAGGUCGACGCUGCAAAGAGAACAUCCGAAAGGGAAAAGGCAGCUGGAGCUGUCACGAAGAGGAGUCUCGAUCAGGCCCGCGCCGAACUACAGCUGUUGACUAAUGCCUCCACCUCAACAACGGAAGCUCCCGAUGUCAAGGAGCUCACUGCCAAGCUUCAGGCAUCCGAGGAUCAGCUGACGCUUCUGCGAGACAGCAAUCAACUGUUGCGUGAUGAAGCAGACAAGUUGAAGAAAUCAUUGGAAGCGUUGAGAACAGAGUUGGACGAUUCCAAGCAGUCCGCCCUACCAGCUGAAAAGCGCCAACGACAACUGGAAUCGGAGAAGGCUGCGCUAGAGGCGGAGAAGGCUAGCUUGCAGCGUGAAGUCGACGCGUGGAAGGGAAGAGUGCAAAGCUUGGUGUCCAAAUUCAACCAGGUUGACCCCGAGGAGCACAAGGAAGCCCUCGCUAAUGUUGAAUCGAUGAAGAAGGAAGUCUCCAAGUACAAGGCUGAGAAGGAGAGCGCCGAAAGUGAGAGUACUCGCAUGCGAAACAUUGCUACCAGACUAAACAAGGAAGUCUCGCAACAAAAGAAACUGUAUGAAACACAAAAAACAAAGCUUGCGCAGCUGACAACCCAAAAGGAAGCCCUCACAAAUGCCAAGAACUCACAAGUUUCUACGGAACGAGACCAGCUAAAGGAGAAGGUUGCCAGUACUGCGAAAGAGCUGAGCUCGGUCAGGACUGAACUCAACGGAGCCAAUGACAGGAACAAUAAACUCCGCGAAAGGCUCAGACAGUUCCAAAAGAUGAUCAAAGAUUUACGAGCCGAUUUGAAGGAAGCUCGAAGUGGGCAACAACAGGCCGCGGCGGCUGAGGCUGCAAGUGAAACGCCAGCUCCGGCGCCCCAAGAAGCAGCUCCAGCAGCUGCCAAGCCUGCACAAUCCGCUGAUACGCCACAAACGAAAGCGAAGCCCACCGACGAGACAGAGGUCAAACCAGAACCAACCACGGAAACUGCCACCACCAAAACAACUCGCGACGAGCUGCUACGCCCACCUGCAGGUGGUUUCAAGUUUGGCCCGAGCGAAACGCCCAGUACAACAACAACUGCAGAAGCAACGACGGCACCUGCAUCAGCGGCAAAGGUGACAUUGUCCACGGAAGAUCAGCCUAAGAAAGUCGCCCCAAGCUCAGCUGCCACGACCGAAAAGACAAAUGAUGCACCCGCGCCAAGCCCCGGUCCAAGCACCACAUCUGCGGCCUCGGCAAGCACGGCACCUGUUUCACCUAAAUCGUCCGCUCCAGCGCCGGCUGAAGCGAAGACUAUUCCACCGAGAAGGGACUCUGGAACGAUGAAAGCCGAAGCUAUGAAACAGAAACUACUUGAGAAGAAGCGAUUGUUAGCGGUGAAGAUGCAAAAGAAGAAGGAAUUGAAGGAAAUGCAACGGCAAGCCGAAGCCAAGCAGGCCGAAGAAAGUGUUGAACCAGCCCAAAAGAAAAUCAAAUUGGAACCCAAAGUAGUAACGGAGGAGGCAGGUCGUGCGUCAUCGCCCGUACCGGUGCAGGCUCCUGCCGGUACUUCUUCACCUGUCCCUGCUGGUACGCCGGCUCCAGCGACACAGAAGGAAGACCAAGUGAUGAAGGAUAAGGAAGACAAGGAUGACGACGACGAAGAAGGCGAAGUGCAGGAAGGUCAAGUGGAGGAUUCCAAGGCACCCGCCCCCAACAAAACUUCUGGUGCUUCCGCUGCUGCUCCAGCCACAGGAGGCAUCGCCUUCGGUAAACCAUCUGGGUUGGGGGCCGGAGCUCCUUUUGGCUCAUCCUCAAAUCCGUUUGGCGGCGGCGCUGCUACGGUAUUCGGUUCAGCUGCAUCAAUUCCGGUAGGAACCUCCUUCGGGGGCAAAGCAACGACCAAGGAGAAGCCGGGGAGCGGAGCUUUCCUGGACAUUAAUCCGCCGGGUGCAGCGGCAACUCCGCCUACAUUUCAGUUUGGGAGUUCUGGCUCGAUCACUCUUCCAACUCCAGCUACUCGGCAAACCAGUGCAAAUUCGCCCUUUGGUGUGUUUGGUGGAGGUUCGUCUAGCAGCACGUCACCUUUUGCUGCAUUUGGCGCUUCGACGGGAGGUGCCAGUACAGGUGCCAAGCCGUUGUUUGGGUCAGCUGCCCCCACCGAAUCCAAGAAGGAAGGCUCCACUGCCGAGGCAGAGAAAGCAGCAGAGUCCAAAACCGACUAAUAAAUUGGCUUCAGUUACAGUUUGAGAAUCGCUGGAGGAACAACUAUCAUAAAAAUAUGGUUUUGCGUUGUGCUGGUUGUUCCAGCACAGAAAAUCGAAUCUAUCGUUCAAUCGGAAUGGCUCUAUAUAGCUAGCUAGCUUUCUCCCCUCCAGUCACCACCGGUAACACAUCUUUAGAUAUCAAAUGCGGUGUUUUGCACAGAAUUGUCGGAAGGCUGCCAAGUGUGGCUCUGCUCGGUACCGCAACUGCAGAAGUAUGCGUUCAGAUAAUUCUCCAUUGGGGUUCCCCAUACCGGUAGUCGCGCAUUACAGGGCAAAAGUUUCAAAGAGAAGGAGGAUACCCCAGUACUUGUAAUCCUCUAGUGUCCCAUUCGGAUUCAUUCUGGCAUCAGAUGCCGCAGCAAGUCAUCCGAUCUAGAGACUGGCACAACUCGUCAGCAGUAGUGGUGUGGUUAUUGCCGUUGACGGUGAAUGAGCCCCGAUUCUCCCACGUGGACCCAAGCAGCAGCCAAGCUUCUCCAAUCACAUGCAGCUGAUAUUAUCAUGCCGCUGCAAGCCAGGUCGCCAGGUCGAAUUGUUGGCUAUCAUUUUGCGACGAUAUGAGUGGUAGAACUAGUGUUGAUUGUCAGUAUUUGUCUUCGAGCGCCUUGAUAGUAUGAAGCAGUUUGAUCCAAUGAAUGAGAGCUUCGGAUCCCUUUUCCCUGAGAUCAUCCACUCCAUGAGUCGUCAGGACGUUAUGAGAUUCUCCCGAGACGACGAUAAUGGCUGGAAUUUCAUAGAGUCGUGAUGGCAUGUUGAGCACUUCCAUUUCUCUUUUGGCUGCCACCUUGAAAUGUUUCUUCAAGGUGGUUCUUUCCUCGGAUUGAAAAGGGACAUCAAUCCAAUUCUUUCGAGAAUAAGCUUUCAUUUUGACUUCUGAUUCAUCGGACGACACAUACACCAGUGAAAUGGGUCUUCUCCGUUGAUUGUUGAUACUUCGUGUGCUUUCAUCAUCCGUUCCCUCUGGAUGUAGUAGAAUAUCUCCAAAUUUUUCAUCCAACAGUUUGGUAAUGGGAGUGCUCAUGGGACACCACGAAGCCGCAAAAUAGAGGAGCACAAUAUCGGAAUUUUCGAGUGCGUAUUGUAUGGAAGGGUAAUCGGAGAGUGGUAGCUUUUGUUCAUCCAUGGUUUGCCAAUAAUUAUUAUUCCUCAGCCCACCACCCACAGCACUCAAAGCCACAGCCCCCUCUGCCACGUCCAAUUCCAGUUCUUCCGUAAUACUGGAUCCCGACACGGCUACCCUCAGAAUGGUGAUUGUGACAAUAGAAAUGGCAAACAGAGCGGCCGCUCUUCCCACCGUGGACAGACUGAUACUGGCAAAACCGCCGUCCACACUUCCCGAAGUUCCAUUACCGACACCAUUAUUAUUUCCUCGGCGGGCAGAAGCCGGAGCCGUCUUGCGGUUGUCAGUGAGGGGAAGGAGGGAGCUAUGAAAAUAACUCGCAUUGCUGUGACUCCUUGGUACACCCUUUCGUUGUAACAUUUUGAUGCUCUCCAAGUCGAGUGAUAUGCUUGUUUCUAUAAAUGAUUAGCUGCCUGCUGUGGUAGUGUUGUAAUGGGGGGAAGGUAACGUAACAGCACCUUCGUCAUGCAGUUUGGUGGUCUUGGAAUUGGCUCGAAUGUUUCUUUGCAACGCAGAAGCUUGGCCGUUUUUCUCUCUUUUCGCACACGCUUGGGGUUAAGGAUAAUGACGUGUCCU